AUGGCGACUCUAGGACAAAACAAUAACAACAUCCCGCAAGGCGACCAGGUCGACCCAAGACAAGCCCAAGGAGCCCAGAUCCCACUCCAAACCUUCUCUCUACCACAAUUUCCACCACAAGCCGGUGGUCUCAGAGCCCUGACCCUAACCUCAGACAUCAAACUCGACGACUACCAAAGCCUUCUCUCGGAAUCUUUUACCAUUCCUCCAUUGCCGCCAAACAUCGAGUCUUUGACUCUUGAGCUGUUUACCUUGGGAUAUCCUGUGGGUUGGUUGAGUCAAUUGGCUGAUCGUCUGCCUAACUUGAAGAGUUUGGUUAUCUAUAGCCAGUUGUUUGGUGGUGUUUCUGCAGAGUCGCAGGAUGAUGGCGUGGAGUUUUUCAAGAAGUUGCCUGGGCUGAGGGCUCUGCAUCUCUUGGAUGUGUUUGCACAGCCAAAGUUUUUCGAGAGCAUUGGGCCAUACGUGACCUACUCUUCUGAUGAAGAGACCGCGCGACGAGGCUUGAUGUUCUUGGAGAUCAACUACACGGUUCAGCAUUCCGAUCCAGAGUUUUUGGGCAAGAUUCAAGCCACCGAGUUGAGCAAGCUCAUCGGACCUGGACUGGUUACACUAGCCUUCAACGUCAGCGACGCAGAUAUCACCGACGACCCAGAAGACCCAACAAACAACACCGACAAGUCUGCCGAAGAAGCAGGAAAAGACGGCAUAGUGGCACUGAACAGGACCCUCGGCUCUACACUCGUCAAAGCCCUGACAGACGAAACAACACGACCCCGAGGCCUGCGCGUGCUGAACUCGACCUUGUUCACCCUGACUCCAAACCAAUUGCGCACGAUCCUCGAGCAGCAAAAAGCCCUCAUGGUCUUAAACGUAACCCUUGAAGUCGACAAUCACGAAACCUUCAAGAAGGAACUCCUCUCUAUCCUGCCGUCGCAGGAAUACCUCGAGCAAGUCGAGAUAGUCGCAAACCCAAGCUUACAAUUCUUCCUUGCUGUACGUUUGCCCUACCUUCUCUCUUGUCUUGCAGCCACUAACCAUAUGCACAGNAUCCAGAAUAUCAAGCACAAGGCCUUUGAAAAUGCAUUCCCAUCGCAAUUAGAGAUGGAAGCUUUGGGCGAGAAAUGCAAACGCCUCACAAGCUUCAAAGCCGACAUCUUGCGCUCGAGCGCCAUGCAAACCAUCGAGUGGGAAAAAAAGGAUGAGAAGUGGUCGGGUGGUGUCAAGGCCGCAAAGACCGAACUGAAGAUAUCAGAAGUCGAGUAG